GGGAGCUUGGUGCGCAAAGCGGCGUGGGUGCACGGAUCAGUUAAAGGACUUCCCUCACUCAUUUCUAAAAGCAAUUUAUAGACUCCAUUUUUGUCAGAUGGCUAUCGGAUCGUUUUUUCCUUCUAAUUCACCAAAGUUUGAUUCCAACGUGCUUUCCGGGACCCAGGGCUAAAAGCACCCUCCAGGUGCGUGUGUAUCCAUGUGCGUGAGUGCGUGAGUGUGUGCGCUGUUGGGUUCACAGAUGGGAUUCCUCUUACUUUCUGCUCGGCCACUCACAGUGUUCUUAUUGCGUGUGUGAGGCACGUGGCCCGGGCUGCAGUGGAUAGGCGAGUUGUCCAGCAUCGAUUUGGUCCAACCUGUGCAUUACAGUGAUGCUCAACAGUGCAAUGAAGACCUGAUGACCCAAUAGCUCAUGUGUGUCUCACCGAACACAGACAUCGGUGUUGUGUGCUGAGAUAUAGCACUGUGGUGACAAGGAUAUAAGCUCAAGAGUAUGGUCCAACUGUCCACAUCAGUCUACCUGCUGGGAGGCCUUUUGGGCCUGUUUCUGCUAUCACCUGUUCUGAUGGCCCCAACACCAGCCAGCAUGUGCACACCCUUGAGGACGCUCAACGACAGCCUCAGCCACAGGCGACGGUACAUGAAGCACAACUUCCCCAUUAACUACACCAUUAGGGUUCACCACAAGGAAAUCUUAAAACUGUCAGACAUCAACAGAAUGAGGUCACAGGUGAAGGGGCUGGAUGAGCUGGUUCUCCAGAGGUUGUGGUUCCAGGUCAACCAAGGCGUGUUAAAAAAGAUCAUCCGGGUAAUGCCAGAGAGGCAUCCUUCACGACCAUACACCACUGAGCUGGAAAGACGCUUUAAGGAUGUCGAGGGCGUCUUCGUACAGUCACAUCCCACUGAGGUCUUCCAGGUGGACCUUCCAGAGACCAUCCAGGACACUUGGGAUCAUUUAACUGAGGAGCCUGAGCGAGUGCCAGAGACUAACUGGCGAUUUGCUUCACCAAAGUCUCUCCUGGACAACUUGUGUCACACCAUGCAGUGCCUCUUCACUGAGUGUUUCGCCAGCACAGAGGCGCAGCAGGACUACUGUGGUGUUUCGCAAUGGAGGAAAGGCAGAUAGACGGAAGCUGAGAAGAGGCCAGCGGGGGAAAGUUGUCACUAUUGAUAUUUAUGAUGGGGGGGUUGUUCAUAUCCCUUGAGCAUUAAAGGGAGGGGUAACAGGACAAUCCACUCAAACAACAAAGUUCAGGUCUGAUCAGUGAACAUUAAAUAGUCUUUCCCAAGUCCAUCAAACAGAGAUGAGAUUGUCUUCACUUUGAUAGUUGGGUUUCCAGUUUUGAAAGACAUUUGUCCAUGUUCACUUCCAGUGUCAAAUGUCUGCCCCAAAAGCCUCCAUUGGACCUCAGAGGUUCCCCCUAGAAACCAAGAAGAAGCAGUCAGAGACAGUACUACUUUGGAGAGAUAUUAUGUUGAAAAACAUCUGCUGACUUGAACCACAGGCAGACGGCUCUUUUAGAUCAAUGAGCUAAAGUAAGCGCUAUGUACAUAAACUGAACUUAAACCAACAGGCAUACUGAUUACUACUGUUGUCUUUGUUUACAUUUUUCUUCUUUUUUUUUCAAAUUCAUCUUAGCAAGACAUGGCAUGUGAGACCAAAUAUAACUUGGUAGAUUGGGUGACUUGGCAGGAUUAAAACAUGCAUUGUAUCCAAUGAAAAAGAAAAUGCCCACGAUGUGGGGUGUGUGUAUUGUAGAAGGUCCUGGGCAGUGUAUUUUUAAAUUUGUAUUAUUUUACAUUUUGGAAAAGGCUUCCCGUUCUCAGCCACAACUGUUUUCUCAUUCUCACGAUGGUUGUUGACUAUCCAUUUCUUACCCGCAGAUUGCAUUUAUUUGCGUAAAGCGUUAUUAUCAAGAUCUGUGCCGUCGGCCAACAUUAUAUAUUCACAAACAGUCAAAAAAAGUUGGUUCAUUUUUUUUUUUUUUUUUACAUUUUUACAUGUUGCAUCCAUUAAGAAGUUUUUUAUAAUUGAUUAUUCAUGAUGACUCAAUUGGGUGUUCAAGUGUCAUCAUAGUCCCAUUAGAAUGUAGUUUAUGCUCAGGCCACAUAUAUUUAUUAUCUUUAUACAGUUAUUAUGUUAUUAAAUAGGUUUGUAUUAAAUAGUUAAAUAAUCUAAAAAGAUUAGUGCAGUUUGACUUUUGUUACAUUUCAUCAAAACAAACCAAAUUGGCAUUAGGGGGAUUUUGAGUUUCUCAUUAAAAAAUUUCCAACAUGCUGGAAAAGUACAAUCUCAAACUCAACAUCCAAAUCUUUUAGACCUUCAACAAAAACGUUUUACUUCAAAGCAAAAGGUCUUCCGCCAUUGUUUUCUGUAUGAAAUAUCCUCUCAGCUUGUGUUGGCUCUACCAUUUUAAUUUCUUUCCACUUGAGCAAUUCAACUGAAGGCCAUCUUGUUGCUGUUAAAUGAAAUGUAUUAAACUGCAGUUGAGGAAUGCAACGUUAUCAUACAUAUCAUAUUGAUUAUACUGAAGUUUAAAAGGCGCUAUGAUUGUGAGGUUCAACGUAUAAAAGAUAAUGCGAUUGCUUAAAAAAAGAAUUAGUGGCGAUGGUGGUGCAUGGAGUGGUGUGACGUGCUGGGAGCUGCAAGGUCGGCGGUUCAGAUCCCAGCCGCCCCAUGUGCCAUGUCAACGUGUCCCUGAGCAAGACACCUAACCCCUAAUUGCUCCCCAGGCAAAAUAUGACGCAUGGGUUAUUAUGCAAUAUAAGUGACUUUGGAUAAAAGAGUCAGCUAAAUGACAUGUAAUGGAAUUAGCAUAAAGCUUUGGGCAUAUAAAGCACACUAUCGGCUUUCUGGGAGUCUUCUGAACAGCCUGGGCCCAAUAUUAUUUACUUCAUGCCCCCCGGGCUCAUGUUUUGGCAGUGGCAUGUUUUUCCAUGAUAUCUCCUGGUUAAAUACCUGCAAAUUCUGAUUUGCUGGUUUAGUCAGAUGAUGUUGAAACAUUUUACUUUAUUACAUUGGACCAACUGUGUUUCUAAAAGCAGCAGAUUUCACAUUCAGUUGUUACCUUGUUGUUUUCAAAAACACACUUCACACCCUGAGAGUACAAUUGUUUUGCAACAUAUCGCUGGUAAGAGUGCGCUAAUACUCAUUAUUUUAAUUGCGUAGUAACUACUAUGCUUAAGCAAAAAUGGAGGAUUGUUGGUGCAUUGCCCUGAUGCAGCCCGUGGGUUUCUAUUGUACUUAAUUAUGUAUAACUGUAAGGUCGUCUGUUAACAUAAGAGGUGUAUUCAAAGACUCCUUGUUGUGGACAAAAAAUAUUAUUUCCCGAAGCUGACUGCAACAACUGAGAUGAUGCAUGCAAACACAAGGAUGGUUGUUGUCUGUGGUCUUUAGAGGCUGUUUUUAUACAAAGAUAUUGAAUGUAUUUAUUUUUUCUAAAUGUAUAAUACCAUGUGACAAUACUUUAAUGAAAGAAAGAUUAAAUAGAUAUUUUUAUCCACUAACCCUAUGUUGUGUUUAUUAAAGUUAGUCCUGAGAUACACUACAAUCAUUAAUUGAAUGUGUUCCAAAUUGUUUUGCAUAAUAAAAUGC